AUGCGGGGAGAGCCUGUCUGGAAAAGACCGCAUGUCAGGAAACGCAGACGCCAACAGUUGGAUCACGGCGGAAGCCCCAAUUCCAUUGAACCCAAAAAGGCCAGACGUCCAGCAGAGGGCGAGAGGGCCUUGACUCCAUCCCAGCAACCCAGCUACCUCGGUCGUGCCGACUAUAUAUCCGCCCAUGCUGAAAUCGAUGAGGACGACGCCACUCACUACCAGAGUCCCGGCCCCCGCGCGGGCUCGUGGCACAGCUUCGAGGUGAGGAUGCGGCGCAACCUGUCCGUGCUCGAACUGCCCCAAGGGACGCUGCGACAGACCCUGUUGAGAAACUUCCUGCAAAGAUGUCGUCCAUGGAUGCCACUGGUGAACGAAUCAGACCUCGACAAGUUCGAUGCAAAGAACAAAGACACGCUGCUCGUCACGUCCAUGCUGGUGGCAGGAAGCAUAGUCUCGUCCACACCACAGGCUGCAGAACAGGGACAGAAGUGCUAUCAGCGAGCAAAAGUGCUCUUCUACACCAAUGCCGAGCAAAACCACCUUCAUGCCAUUAUGGCCACGAUUUUCCUGCAGUGGCUGAAUCCGUCCGGCCCAGAGCAUGUGUCGAUUGACAACAGCAGCUUCUGGCUCCGGAUCAGCGUCGCUCUUGCACACCAGUUAGGCCUUCAUCGUGAACCCGACCCACGAAUGGGAGAUGCCAAGUUAAGGCGGAGGAUUUGGUGGGCACUGCUCUCCAGGGACAAUCAGAUAGCCGCAAGCCAUGGACGUCCGAGGGCUGUUAAUGCAGAAGACUCAAACGUUCGACCGCUGCGCAUGGAUGACUUUGAAGGCGACGACGAGGACGCACUCCUGUUCAUGCACUUUGUCCAGAUAACUUCGAUUCUAGGAGACAUGACCGAGCAUUACUGUCGCGGCACGCUCUCGGACCGCAAAAAGAUCGAUUUCGAAGACACCCUUCGCCGGUGGUUGAAAGCUGUGCCACCGAGCUUGCGACUCUACCAUCUCGAGACGAAGAGAUUGAACGACUACAACUUCAAGUCCCGGCAGCUUCACACGCUCUACUUCACCUCUCUGAUAAUCCUGUUCCGACAUGAAAACAGAAACCAGCCUCCUUCGCCCGUCUCGUUGUUGGCCUCGUCCUUCAUUUCCGGGAUCUUCGAGGAGUACCUUACGUGGGAGGAUAUCUCGCAUCUCCCAGUGACCUCGAUAUUCUACCUCAUGGUCGCAGCUCUCCUUCAACUGUCUUAUCAGCGAUUUCCCUCGCUAGCCACACAUCGGGCCGAAGAGAUCGAAAUCAUCAGAUCAUCCUUGAAUGAAUUGAAGAAGAGGUUCCCGUCCGCCAUCGGUGCUGAGAGAGUGGUCAACCAGAUGAUGAAGCAUUCCACUACUCUGCCGGAAACGGUGCAGUCUACCCGGAUAGCUCUUACGCCUGAGCAGGAAGAGUUCUUUUCACCCUUUGGUCCCGAGCUGUGUCGGAAAUGGCGUCUAGUCUUCGAGAGUCCAGCAGCGGGUCCAUUGGAGAGGAUUGAGGAUUUCGCCGGCGUUACCCAGUCUGAUAAUGGGGUGAUCAAUACGGGGCCGCCAACGAACCAUCACCUGCAGGCGAGUACGGAUCCGCCGCAAGAAGUGCAGGCCAUUAUCAGUGCCGAGUCGGCAUGGAACAGCAGCACUCCAUUCUCGUUCAGCAUCGACGAUCAAAAUCUGUUCUCUGAUCAACUGGGCCUCGACAGCGUCGGUCGCUGGUGGUGGGCUGAUUGGAUGCCUGAAGCAGACCUGGACUUCCUCUCUAGAUCACUGUAA